AUGAAACCGAACGCCAAUUCUUAUAUUUUAUUGAAAAAUUGUUCAAACAAUUACAGCAUCAAAGCCAGUAAUGCCCACAAGCGAUACCCCGGUGCGCCCAUACAGGUGCUCAAAGUGAGUGAUGAGCGCCGCUUUGAACUGGAUUUAGAUGCACUCGAGUCCAUACUAUUGCGCGACACUAUCCGUGACAAACCCGUUGUGGUGGUCAGUAUUGCCGGUGAUUUUCGUAAAGGCAAGUCCUUUAUGCUGAACUUUUUCCUGCGAUACCUGCAGUCGGGUUGCGGUACAACCGACGACUGGCUCGGCUCCACAGACACCUCUCUGAAAGGGUUUGCGUGGAGGGGCGGCGCAAAACUUGUCACCACAGGUAUACUGAUGUGGUCGGAGCCGUUUGUCAUCAAACUGGAUGAGGGCCAGGAGGUGGCCAUCGUUUUAAUGGACACUCAGGGGGCGUUUGACUCGGAGUACACCGUCCGGGACUCGGCCACUGUGUUCGCGCUCUCCACUAUGACCUCAUCAAUACAAGGCAUGUAUGGAUGUGAGGACAAUCUCCAGGUGUUGCAGUUUUUCGCAGAGUACGGCCGACUGGCGCUCGAGGCCACCGGCGAUAUACCCUUCCAGAAACUAAUGUUUCUCAUACGUGACUGGAGUUUCCCAUACGAACAUCCGUACGGUUUGACCGGCGGUCAAAAUCUAUUGGAUGAAAAGUUAGAUAUCAAGAUGAAUCAAGCGACACAAUUGCAACGCGUCCGCCGCCAUAUCCGCUCGUGUUUUAGCGAUAUUGGCUGCUAUUUAAUGCCACAUCCGGGCGGCAAAGUGGCCACUAGUGAGAGUUUUGACGGCCGAGUGGCCGAUAUUGACUCGGCGUUUGUCAAGUAUCUGAAGACGUUUGUGCCGCUGAUGUUAGACCCGAAGAAUGUGGUCGUGAAGGAGAUCGGCGGCCAUCAGGUCACUGGAAGACAGUUGAUGGAGUAG